UUCCUACAAAGUAUAUAAGGAGGAGCCUGUGUUACCGUAAGCAGAACUCUGGGAUCCCAACAAGGAUACGGCCAUUCCUUCCCUGCUCACCAUACAGGAGCCAUACUCACUAAUAUACCAGGAACAUGGAGAUGCGAGUCGUUUGGCUUUUGCUCUUUGCCGGAUCCAUGGCACAAGAAGACAUGGAUAGAAAUGUCUUCCUCUUCCCCAGAAGAUCUGCCGCUGAUUAUGUGGUUCUGACACCAAUGGUGACUGGGCCGUUACACAAUCUCACCGUUUGCUUGAGGAGCUACACAGGAGGUGGAGGAAAAUACGCCCUUCUCACUGUGGGCACACUAGAGUCCCGGCUCCGUAACAUGUUUUUUAUUUUACAGGAUGCAGUAGAUUAUAAUCCACAAAACUAUUAUUCCAAUAUUGCUAUAAAUAGUGUAUCAGUAUCCUUUCAAACAAUGGCACAUCCUCUGGGCUGGAUACACAGGUGUGUGACCUGGGACUCUAACACUGGGGUUCUACAGCUUUGGGUUAAUGGGAAAGUCUCCCCUCGCACAGCACUGCAGAAAGGCUUUUCUAUUGAUCUACAGGAUGGCUUUUCACUGGGUCAGAUACUUAAGAAUCCUGAUUUUAGGUGGAAUCAAAUGCAGAAUAUGAGGAAUGAGUGGAAUUCACAAUUUUCCUUUCAAGGGGAAAUAACCGAUGUCCAUAUGUGGAAUGAGGUUUUGCCUCCUGAGACCAUAUGGCAGGUUCUGCUAAAUAAUCGGUAUAUCAAUGGGAAUGUCAUUAGCUGGAGGUCUCUGAACUACACUAUUAAUGGGGAUGUGACUGUCCAACCCAAACUCCAGUGUAGAUAUGGCAGUGAGUCUGGCAGCUCACGCCAUCAGUGCUCUAUGGAGUAAUGGAUUAAUAGGACGGAUAAAACAGGUAGAACUAUGGCUUUCCAAAUAUAAUUGUUUUAAGGGGAACAGGAUACUAAUAUGAUUUAUUGUUUUUGUGAAGAAGGGGCUAAUAUACUGUCAGACAAGACAAACAAGACAAGAGAAGAGGAGGCCCCUGGCCCAUCUGGUAUAUGUGGGUGGGGGCUGUAUAAAUCAGAUGUCCAACCAGCCGCCCUCUAGCUGUUUUUCAAAAUAUUCCUCCCAUAUCCCACAAACAACUCAAUAGCUGGAGACCAGCCAGAUAUAGGUUCUUAAUAUAUCCAACAUUUGCUAUACAAUAUAAUUUAUCUCUUGUAUUAUAAUCUGUGUUGUCACCUUUUGAUUGGGAGGUCCCCAUGGUACAUGACUUUCCUUCCCUAACCUUAAACCAACCCUAAUGUCAGGGCCUCAGUAUUUGUAGCUUUGCAUUCAAACUCUGCCAUAAUGAGGGUUUCUCCUGCCCUCCAUACACACAGAGCCAAAGCCAGGACCCCAGCACAAACAGGCAACACUGCUACCCUCAAUUUAGUUUCACCUAUAUAUCUACCACUCUGGGCAGCUAUUGGGCAACCAAUACUGACCCUGUUAUUUCAUUCAAUGGCCAUUUAGUCAACAAUACAGGGACCUGUUAUCCAAAACGCUCGGGGUCUUUCUGUAAUGUGGAUCAAGAUGCCUUAAAUCUACUAGAA